UUCAAGGACGCCAAAACACGUGAUUAGCAUGAGUGUAAGCAGGACCUAAAUCGCGCCUUUAUUUUCUUCUUGUCGCAGUUCCUAGUUGCGUGUCGCAUCAUAGAAGACAUAAUUAAUAGACAAAAUGUUGUUUGCCAACUUUCUGUUGUUACUACAUAUAUUUAACACCGUUUAUACAAGCUCUGUGGAGAAAAGACUCCUGUUACAAGUUUCUCAAGGUAUAUCAAUUGGAACAGUUGCAAACACUGACCUUGAUGAGGCUUCCGGGUUGUGUGCCAGCAGACAAUUUCCGGGUAUUUUAUAUACACACAAUGAUAAAGGUGGACAAAACAGAAUAUUUGCAAUAGACAGUGCUACAGCCCAGGUAAUUGCAGUAUUAGUUAUAGAUGGCGCAACAAAUACAGACUGGGAAGAUAUUGCUUGUGGAAAAUGUUUUGGACAUACGUCUGAUAAUUGUUUAUAUAUUGGUGAUAUAGGAGACGCAGGUGGUCAUGGGUCAGCCACGACAAUUUACCGAGUACAAGAACCAGCAGUGCUUAAUACUCUAACACACGUGUCAGUGGAGGCGGAGCUCCAUUAUAGCUGGGGUGAGAUAAACGCAGAAACUCUUAUGGUAACACCGGAAGCAGAACUAUAUAUUGUUUCCAAGGUACAUGGUGGCAAGGGUUUAAUUGCACACAUUCCGGGUUCAGGAUGGGGUUCAAACUCACCUAUUCAACUUAAUUCAAGCCACCGACUUGAUGUAACUACAACCCACAAUGAUCCACUCGGAGGUGAUAUAUCACCUGACGGUCAAGAAGUUCUCAUUAAAGUCAGGAAUUAUGUUUUACAUUACAAUACAAACGGGAGCAAGGAUUUUGAAGUUGUACUGUCUGGUAGUCCUGUAAACCUACCGUAUGUACAUGAGAAGCAUGGAGAAGCGGUUGCAUUUAGUUUAGACGGACAGACAUAUUACACACUUGCUGAGGGACAUCACCCAACACUCUAUAGAUAUAAUGCAAAAAUUUAACUUCAUGAUUUUAAUAUUUUGUUUUACCACGUUAAUGAAUAAAAAUAUAAAUUGUUUUUAAAA